CCAGCCAUGGCUCGCCCCCGGAGCCCACGACCUGCGCUGCCUGUGUUCCUCCUGCUGUUGCUGCUGCCACUGUUGCUUGGAGCGGGGGAUCCCCUCCCCACAGAGGGCCGGUUCAUGAACAGCUGUAUCCAGGCCAGGAAGAAGUGCCAGGCUGAUACCACUUGUGGAGCUGCCUACCACCAUCUGAAUUCCUGCAUCUCUAAUAACAGCACCCCAUUGUCCCCAGAGGAGCCGUCUGUCCCUGCAGACUGCCUAGAGACAGCACAGCGCAUCAGGAAUAGCUCUCUGAUGAGCUGCACAUGUCACCGGCGCAUGAAGAAUCAAGCUGUCUGCCUGGACAUCUAUUGGACUGUUCACCAUGCCCGCAGCGUUGGUGACUAUGAACUGGAUAUCUCCCCCUAUGAAGAUACAGUGACCAGAAAACCCUGGAAAAUGAACCUCAGCAAAUUGAAUAUGCUCAAACCAGACUCGGAUCUUUGCCUCAAGUUCGCCAUGCUAUGCACUCUUAAUGACAAAUGUGACCGGCUGCGCAAGGCCUAUGCAGAGGCGUGUUCCGGGUCCCGCUGUCAGCGCCACUCCUGCUUGCGACAGUUACGCACCUUCUUUGAAAAGGCCCCGGAGCAUCUCGCAGAGGGGCUACUGCUGUGCCCUUGUGUGCCUGCAGACCAGAGCUGCGGCCAGCGCCGGCGCAACACCAUCGCCCCCGGCUGCGCGCUACCCUCCAGCGUCCCCAACUGCCUAGAUCUGCGUGGCCUCUGCCUCUCUGACUCACUGUGCAGGUCACGCCUGGCAGAUUUUCAGACUCAUUGCCACCCCAUGGACAUCCUAGGGACCUGUGCAACAGAGCCAUCCAGAUGUCUGCGAGCAUACAUGGGGCUGAUUGGGACUCACAUGACACCUAACUUUGUCAGCAGUGUCAAUACCAGUGUGGCUUUAAGCUGCACCUGCAGGGGCAAUGGCAACUUGCAGGAGGAGUGUGAGCAGCUGGAAGGGUCCUUCUCGAACAACCCCUGCCUCAUGGAGGCCAUUGCAGCUAAGAUGCGUUUUCACAGCCAACUUUUCUCCCAGGACUGGGCAGACUCUACAUUUUCUGUGAUGGAACGCCAGAAUAAAAACCCUGCUCUGAGGCUACAGCCCUGGGUGAUCUCUCUUUUCUCCUGCAUACUUACCUUGAUUCUGCUCCUGAGCCUCUGGUAGCUGGACUUCCCUGGGGGCCCUUUUCCCUUCUAUCAUACCCAACCUGACCUGCAGUCUACAAGGGAUGAGAAAAGGGCAGCGUCAAGAAUGAGGUGCAGUGCACAACAUGGUAACCCUGGCACCACCCCGCAUGUGGAAUCCAGAUGAGGCCACAGUAGAAGCCAAUGGCUGAGUUUUCAUUUCCUCUGUGUCUCCUUCCUCUUCUGACCCAGGCUGCUCCUCAUCAGGAUUUGGUGGCCAUGGCUUAGCCAUAUCUUUGGGUGGUGACCAGCUUUACCCAUCUCUAUCCUGAUCCUUUCCUCCUGCCCACCAAGAUCAACAGUUAUUCCCUACUGCAUUCUCCAGAUAGGCAGUGCUGGGUGUUCUGAGAUAGCCUAGAAAGACAUUCCCCAUUGUGAGAAAGACAGUAACAAGACUCCUGCCCCCUUAUCUCCUCCUCUGAAUGGGUGAUGGGAAUCAGCUGCCUCCCCUACCCUGGGGUCCUGCAGAACAUUUGAGCAUCAGGAACCUGAGAAUUUGGGCCUAGCUUUCUUCUUGCUACUGUCUGACAGUCCUCCCAGUCUCUUGGAUCAUUAAACAUUUGGACUUAAAACUUUGCUCUUUUCCCAUUUUCUC